AUGACUGUAGACUUAGCCUCCAUAGAGAAAUUUCUUUGUGAUCUUGCUACUGAGAAAGUAGGUCCAAUCAUCAAGUCCAAGUCAGGCACUCAACAGGAUUAUGAUUUGAAGACAGGUUCCAGAAGGGUCGAUAUCGUUACUGCAGUCGACAAACAAGUUGAAAAGCUAAUUUGGGAAUCUGCAAAAGCCCAAUAUCCAAAUUUCAGGUUUAUUGGAGAAGAAAGUUACGUGAAAGGAGAAACUGUGAUUACCAAUGACCCUACAUUCAUCAUUGAUCCCAUUGAUGGGACCACAAAUUUUGUUCAUGACUUCCCGUUCAGUUGUACUUCACUGGGUCUUACAAUAAAUAAAGAGCCCGUAGUUGGGGUUAUUUACGAUCCUCACAUCAACCUUCUCAUAUCAGCUUCUAAAGGUAAUGGUGUAAGAGUCAAUAAAAAAGAGUUCGACUAUAAAUCAAAAUUGGCGUCCAUGGGUCCCUUAACAUUAAAUAAAUCUGUGGUUGCAUUGCAACCAGGCUCAGCUAGAGAAGGAAAGAAUUUCAAAACGAAGAUGGCCACGUAUGAGAAGCUGUUAUCAUGCGAUUAUGGAUUUGUUCACGGCUUCAGAAACUUGGGUUCCUCGGCAAUGACCAUGGCAUACAUCGCCAUGGGGUACCUUGACAGUUACUGGGAUGGCGGUUGUUAUUCAUGGGAUGUAUGUGCUGGAUGGUGCAUUCUUAAAGAAGUUGGUGGUCGUGUGGUAGGCGCCAACCCAGGUGAAUGGGAUAUAGGUGUCGAUAAUCGGUCAUAUUUGGCUGUAAGGGGAACAGUUAAUAACGAAACUGAUGAGCAAACAAAAUACAUUACGGAUUUUUGGAGUUGUGUUGAUGGCCAGCUAAAAUACGACUAA